CAGCCCCCUGGCGUGCCAUCCCAUUUAGCGCCUGGGCUUUUAACACAUUGUGAUAGGGCUAUUAUUAGAAGCGAUGAAUUAUCAAUCAAGAAUUAAUCCUGAUUGAUGUGUUUUUUCCCCAAACUGGAAAAGGACAACACUCACUAUUUGUUUUCACCUCUGUGAUGAGAGAAAGUGGUUCUUUCAGGUUUUUUCUUCAGGGGAUUGACAUGAGAGAAGACUUUUUUUUCUCUUUUUUCUGAUCAAACCUACUCAGGACGUGAGGAUACCGCUGAGGAAGACAUUCAUUUAUUUAGUUCCUUCACCCAUUUAUCUUCCUCCCCCUCGUCUCUUUGCCUGACUGGCUGCAUGCUGAGCUGACUGACUGGCUGCCUGGAUGGUUGGCUCCCCCUCUCGCUGGACACUCACUGGCAGUUAACUCACGCACUGCGUGAGCUCCGCUGAGGCUGGGCUGGAGAGAGACACUCGGGCUGCUCUGGCUUUGGAAAGUGGGAUCUCUGCUUUAGGUUUCUCUCUCUGUCUGGUUUUGGUGGACUAUUAGAUGAGAGACAGAGGAAAUCUCUGGCUCGGUCUCCUCCAGCACUGACACUGACCAUCACUACUGUGCUGCAUCCAUGACUUUACAUACCUGGCUGGUGUAUGGGCUUGGAUUUAUCUUGGUUUGGGCACUCUGCUUGAAACAGGUCCAGGGGCUGCAGUGCUAUGGCUGUAACAUCAUCCAGGGCCAGAGGUAUGUGGACGUGGGCUGCUCCAACCCAGAGGUCAUCACCUGCACCCACUCACACAAAGGCUUCAAACACCGCUUCUGCAUCAAGACAGAGAGCACGGCCCUGGGUAUCGUCCUGACCAGCGGUUGUGCCACAUCCAGACACUGCCAGCAGCACGAGCUGCCAGGGGUGCGCAUCCACUGCUGUGACUCAGACCUAUGUAACAGGGCCCCCUCCUGGCACCCGGGCACACUGCACUACAUCUGUGCACUGUUCAGCCUCUUGCUGCUGAGGAUGUGGUUGUGAUGUGGAGUCAAUCUGGAGAGGAACAUAAUACCGGUGGACUAUAGGGGGGGGGGGGAACAACAACUCUUCUCUUAGCUGCUCAUGUUUAGGGCUGAAUGAGAGUUUCACUCAGUGUGGUGUUACUGGCGAGCACCUUGAAAUAGUAGCUUUUGUCACAUUGUUAGCUCGGACUUACAGUCAGAGCGAUGGCAAAAAUAAUCCUGUGAUUAUGUUUGAUCAAAAUUAUGAUGUAGCAGCUUGCAGUCAUCAGUAAAAAAAAUGUGCACAUCCACUCACUCAAAUGUAGCAGAGUAUAUGGGAUAUUAUGGGACAUUUGUUGCCAUGAAAGAAAGAGCUUUGUUAGAGUCAUCAGUUUAUAAAGAAAAUGUUAAAUUUUCUCUGUUAAAGAGUUAAUUAUCUUUCUCAAGAUCAGAUCUUUGUUGUGCCGUAUGAUAUUUUAAAGUCUAUUUACUUUGCAAAAUUGAAGAUAUUUUUUUAGUUUGCUGUCCAGUUCACCAGGCUACACGCUUGGGAAACACACUGCAUGUGGUUCUAUGUAGGAUUGUAAAGAAUAUUGUACAGUGAAAGCAUGUAAUGUUGUGAAUUACUGUAUUAAAAUGUUUCAUAUUUUUCAAAAGAAAAAAUGCUUUGAACUUG